AGACUUUACUUUCAAUUUCUGCUUCAUACGAUUAGUGCAAACCUUCCUUAGUGUGCCAUCACCGCAACAAACUAGUCAGCUGCUUAUCUAGACGGCGAUCUAGUGCUCGUUGCAGUCAAACUGAUCAGGGAUUUUGCAAUGAGAGCUGGAGGGAAAAGAGUGGUGAAGAAGAGUGCUGAUGAUAACGCCAAUGUGGAGAAAGAGAGCAAGAAAGUGGAUAAACCCAGGUCCCUGCCGACCCCUUCCAGAAUGCAGCACCUGAGUCUUCUCCUGGCUGGUCCACUUGAGAAGUUGGGUCAUGAUUUCCCCGAGACUCCAGUUUCUGUGCGGCACAGCCGAGUCAGACCGAGUGUGGAGAAACCUCACGUCUCGCGCAUCUCCAUCUGCAUUCAACAGCCACGCAAGUGUUGAGCCAAAAUAGCUUUCGCUGCUGAGCUUCUGACAACAUGACGUUCAAAAGACAACCAGGAUGUGAUUAUGUAGGUGAAUCAUGGAUGUGACUUGCUUGUAGACUUGUAACAAAGUUACUGUAAUGUGACUUCUGUUUAGGUUGUUUGUUGCAGCUUUGAAGGUUUUUCUUCCUGCAUAGAUUGUGUGCUUGUGCUGUGUGGAACAUUCAUUAACCCAGUGUGAAUUAAAGCUGUGCUGUUGGAGAGAUUCAGACUGCUGCUUGUCUGACAUGAAUGAAUGUUAAUCUGCUUGGCACUUAAUUGUAGCAUGGAGUUUCUGAACUUUGUUUGAUAAUGAAUGAAACCGUUUUUCCUACUCUCACAAAUUGAGCCUUUCAUGCCAGUAAAAUUCACUUUUCCAGCAAACGAAA